AUGGUCCUACUCUUGGUCUUGCUGAGCGUCGUGAGCGUGCGUCUCGUCCUGCGUCGCCUGUUCGCACUGCUCGCACCAGUCGUUGUGUUCCGCGUCCGCUUCCUCCUGCGUCCUACUAUCACGCGUCUCCUGGCCAGUGUUGUCACUGACCCUUCCUUUGAGUCCACUCCUGUGUCUGCCUUAGUGGCUGAGCUUGUCGACUUCGCUGCUCGCUGUCGUCUAGACUACGCCACUAGUCUUGUUGUUGAGUACGAGUCAGUCUGUCCUCCGUCCGUCGGGGGUGGGUGUGCUCUUAGCACGGACGUCCUUGAGGACAUGCAGGAGGAGUUCCACUGUUUUGCUGCUGCUUUGCCUCAUCUCGUGUCCACGCUGAUUGCCCCUGAGGGAGACCCGGAUGCACCAGACAUCCCGACUCCUCGAUCGUACGCUGAGGCGAUCGAGGGUCCCUACUCCUCUCAGUGGCAGUCAGCCAUGGACGCAGAGAUGGCUUCCUGGAAGUCCACAGGCACCUACGUUGACGAGGUUCCCCCACCUGGGGCGAACAUCGUCAGUGGCAUGUGGAUUUUCAGGGUGAAGCGGCCGCCGGGUUCUCUGCCUGUCUUCAAGGCGCGUUACGUGGCUCGAGGCUUCAGUCAGCGGCAAGGAGUUGACUAA